AUGCUAUGCGUUUUUGUUACCUCAUCCAUCGUCACCCUCACUCAAUCCAAGGCCGUUCCACCCAUCCUUGAAGUUUCUUAUCUCAACCGGAGCAGUUUCCCCAAAGGCUUUGUUUUCGGGACAGCAUCUGCUUCAUACCAGUAUGAAGGUGCUGCAAGGGAAGAUGGAAAAGGCCCGAGUAUAUGGGAUACUUUCACUCACAAAUAUCCAGAAAAAAUAAAAGAUCGGAGUACUGGAGAUGUAACCACAGACCAAUAUCAUCGGUAUAAGGAGGAUAUAGGAAUCAUGAAGGACAUGAAUUUGGAUGCUUAUAGAUUCUCCAUUUCUUGGCCAAGGGUAUUACCGAAAGGAAAGCUUUCUGCAGGAGUAAACAAGGCAGGGAUAAACUACUAUAAUAAUCUCAUCAACGAGCUACUGAAGAAUGGUAUGGAACCAUUUGUGACCAUUUUUCAUUGGGACGUUCCCCAAGCCUUGGAGGACGAGUAUGGUGGCUUUUUAAGUCGUCACAUUGUAGAUGAUUUUAGGGACUUUGCUGAACUGUGCUUCAAGGAAUUUGGUGAUAGGGUGAAAUAUUGGAUUACUCUGAAUGAACCCAGCACUGUGGCCUUGAAUGGUUAUACAUUUGGAGAGCAUGCACUAGGUCGGUGUUCUGGUUGGCAAAAACUGAAUUGCACAGGUGGUGAUUCAGGAACUGAGCCCUAUUUGGUUUCGCACAAUCUACUUCUUUCUCAUGCUGCUGCUGCCAACUUGUACAAGUCCAAGUAUCAGAAAUCUCAAAAGGGUUUACUAGGAAUUACCUUGAACAGUGACUGGUUCUUGCCCGCUAGUGAUGACAUAACAGAUCGAGACGCUGCACUUCGAGUCCUUGACUUCAGGUUUGGGUGGUAUAUGGAUCCUCUCACAAAAGGUGAGUAUCCAACAAGCAUGCGACAUUUGGUGAGAAACCGUCUACCUAGGUUCUCCAAAGAAGAAGCCAGACAACUUAAGGGGUCGUUUGAUUUUCUUGGUCUAAACCACUAUGCAACUGUUUAUGCUGUCAAUGCACCUGAUCUAAGUGGUUCCAAACCAUCCCCACUCAAUGAUCGUCUAGUUAAUGUUACAAGUAACUAUCAAGUUCUUUAUACAUCUGCACGAGCUGCUUCGGACUGGGUAUGCAUUUAUCCACGAGGAUUACUACAGUUGUUGAUUUACAUCAAGAAGAAUUACAAUAACCCCUUAAUUUACAUUACUGAAAAUGGUUAUGAUGAGUUCAAUGAUCCAACACUAUCACUUGAAGAAAAGCUUUUAGAUACACCCAGAGUUGAUUACUUAUAUCGUUAUCUUUAUUAUGUUAAAAUGGCAAUCAGGGAUGGUGUGAAUGUGAAAGGAUAUUUUGUAUGGUCAUUUCUGGAUAACAUGGAGUGGGCCGCUGGCUAUACUGUGAGAUUUGGAUUCAUCUUUGUGGAUUUCGAAAAGGGUUUGAAAAGAUACCCAAAAGUCUCGGCACAAUGGUUCAAGAACUUUCUCAGAAAAUCUUAUUUUGAAGCGCAUACAGAGACUUCACUGAAUAUGAACAAGGAUAUGGUAUUCAGUGGCUAUCAAUUUCUUCUCCAUGUUGGACUCUUCACUCUCCUUGUAAACUUUUCCAUUACAAUCACACAAGCUGUUCCGCCCAUUCUUGAUGUUUCUUCUCUUAAUAGGACGAGUUUUCCCCCAGCUUUCAUCUUCGGCACUGCCUCCUCAGCCUACCAGUACGAAGGUGCUGCAAAUGAAGGAGGUAGAGGACCAAGCAUAUGGGAUACCUUUUCUCAUCAACAUCCAGAAAAGAUAUCUGACAGAAGCAAUGGAGAUGUAGCUGUCGAUCAAUAUCAUCGUUAUAAGGAAGAUGUUGGGAUCAUGAAGUAUAUGAACACUGAUGCGUACAGAUUCUCUAUCUCGUGGUCAAGGAUAUUGCCAAAAGGAAACAUUAGCUCGGAUAUAAACCAAGAAGGAAUCAAAUAUUACAACAAUCUCAUCAACGAACUGCUGGCUAAUGAUAUUCAGCCAUUUGUCACUCUUUUCCAUUGGGAUCUUCCCCAAGCCUUAGAAGAUGAAUACGGUGGAUUCUUAAGCCCUCGUAUUAUAAACGAUUUUAAAGACUACGCAGAGCUAUGCUUCAAGGAGUUUGGAGAUAGAGUGAAACAUUGGAUUACUUUUAAUGAGCCAUGGAGUUACAGUAUGGGCUCAGAGCCCUACAUGAGCUCACACUACCAACUGCUAGCUCAUGCAGCUGCUGUCAAAGUUUAUAAAACCAAUUAUCAGGCAUUUCAAAAGGGUUUGAUAGGCAUCAGCUUAAAUUGUCACUGGUUUAUUCCGUUCUCAAAUGACACAUUAGAUGAUCGAGCUGCCAAACGAGCUCUUGAUUUCAUGUUUGGAUGGUAUAUGCAACCACUUACAAGAGGAAAGUAUCCAAAAACCAUGCAUUCUUUGCUUGGAAGCCGAUUACCAAACUUCACAGAAGAGCAAUCCAGGCUACUUAUUGGCUCGUUUGAUUUUAUUGGACUCAAUUACUACACAACUGAUUAUGCUGCUCACAUACCCCAUCCAGUUAAUAGCUCAGGCAAUACUAGCUAUUUCCAAGAUACUAGAGUCAAUUUUACAACUGAACGUAACGGGUCACCCAUUGGACCAAGGGCUGCUUCAUCUUGGCUAUAUGUUUAUCCAAGGGGACUUAGAGAACUAUUGUUGUACAUCAAGAUUAAGUAUAAAAACCCUGUAAUUUACAUAACAGAAAAUGGGAUGGACGAGUCCAAUGAUCCAACACUAUCACUUGAAGAGGCACUGAUGGAUACUUACAGAAUUGACUACUUCUAUCGCCAUCUUUAUUACAUUUUAAGUGCACUAAAGGAUGGGGUGAAAGUACAUGGAUACUUUGCAUGGUCGCUUCUGGAUAACUUCGAAUGGAGUGCUGGCUACACCUUGCGAUUUGGAAUUAACUUCAUCGAUUACAAGGAUAAUUUGAAAAGACACCAAAAGCUCUCUGCGCAUUGGUUCAGGAAUUUUCUUCGAAAACAAUAGACUAGAAGCUGGUCAUUGAUCAAGAGCAACAACAAUUUUUAUUUCUUUAUUUUAAACAAGUUCCUAGAUCUCUGUUAUAAUUGUUUUAUACUUUUCUCUAUAUAUCCUGCUCUUGAAUGAGAUUCAAGUUAAGGAUCAGUGCUGUUGAGUACUAAUUCUGUGGAUCGUGAGAACGAAAGGAAGAUCCAACACAUGUUCUCAUUGGUUCAAGAACAUCCUCAAGAAACAUUUCUUGUAUCAUGUCUUUAUGCAAAUUCAGUUCUUUAAUUUUGUAUUUUGAUUCCUUCAUGAAUCAGUGAUUCUAGUUUGAGUUGAAAGUUUAUCCAAGACGGCCAUCACA